AUGUCCUCUCUGCUCCCGGGCCUCAGCAGAAUAGCCCUCCGGGCACCCGCCUACCAGACCAUCUGCCGCCAAUGCCUCCGCCAGCAGCGCCUGUCGACGCCGACGCCGACCGCCGCCCCCUCCCGCAUCCUGCGCAUCGUACGACAGGCCCGGUCCCAGCACACAACCGCUCCGCCGACGAGGUUGCAGGAGCUGGGGAGCAAGGCCUCGUCCGGCUCUGCGCCCGAGAGCGGCGCCAAGCAGGCCGCGCGAGGAGCAUGGCCCGAGGCGUCCUCCAAGUCCGUCGGAUACUGGCUGCUGGGGAGUGCUGCUAGUGUCUUUGGUAUCGUCGUCUUUGGUGGACUUACACGGUUGACCGAGUCUGGUCUAAGCAUCACCGAAUGGAAGCCCGUCACCGGCUCGCUGCCGCCCAUGUCCACCGAGGACUGGGAGUCCGAGUUCGCCAAGUACCGGGCCUCGCCCGAGUUCAAGCUGCUGAACUCGCACAUGGACCUGGCCGAGUUCAAGCAGAUCUACUACAUGGAGUGGACGCACCGGCUGUGGGGCCGCUUCAUCGGCCUGUCCUUUGUGCUGCCGACCGUCUACUUCAUCGCCCGCCGCCGCGUCACGCCGCGCAUGGCCGCCAGCCUCGUCGGCAUCAGCGCCCUCAUUGGCUUCCAGGGCUUCAUCGGCUGGUGGAUGGUCAAGUCCGGGCUCAAGGACGACCUAUUUGCCCCCGGCAGCCACCCCCGCGUCUCCCAGUACCGCCUCGCCGCCCACCUGGCCACCGCCUUCGUUUGCUACAGCUGGAUGCUGCUGGCCGGCCUGUCAGUGCUGCGCGCCCGUCGCAUGCUCGCCGACCCUACGAAGGCCCUGAAGUCGAUCGAGGCCCUCAAGAACCCCGCCCUGGUGCCGCUCCGCCGGUCCGUCGCCGCGCUCACCACCCUGGUCUUCGUAACUGUUCUCUCGGGCGCCCUCGUGGCCGGCCUCGACGCCGGCCUGAUCUACAACGAGUUCCCCAAGAUGGGCUUGGGCCUGACGCCACCCAAGUCGGAGCUCUGGUCCGACUUCUACUCGCGCAAGCCCGACGGCUCCGACCUCUGGUGGCGCAACAUGCUCGAGAACCCGUCGCUGGUGCAGCUCGACCACCGCAUCCUGGCCACCUCGACCUUCUUUGCCGUGCUGACGCUGUUCGCGUACUCGCGCAGGGGCCGUGUCGCUAGCGCCCUGCCCAAGGACGUGCGCAAGGGGGUCCUGGGCCUCGUGCACCUCGUCGGACUGCAGGUUGCACUCGGCAUCAGCACGCUUGUCCUCAUGGUGCCGAUUCCCUUGGCAGCGGCGCACCAGGCGGGUGCCCUGGCGUUGUUGACCGGAGCCUUGGUUCUCGGCCAGCGCCUCCGUGUGCCAAAACCAGUGCUGGCGUCUAUACAGCAGAGGCUCAAGACUGCGGGCUCGCAGAUAAAGCGGUGA